AUGGGACCUCCUGGAGGUGGCCGUACAUUUAUUACAAAUAGGGUAGUGAGACAUUUUAAUAUUUUAGCUUAUACAGAACUUGAUUAAGGAACUAUAAAAUAAAUAUUUUAAACAUUAGCAAAUUAUUUUUUAAAGAAAUUUAAUGAGGGUAUUCGUGACGCAUUACCAAAAUUGAUAGAAUCAUCUCUUUCUGUUUAUAACUAAAUAAAGCUGGAUUUAUUACCAACACCUUCGAAAUCACAUUAUACUUUUAACCUUAGAGAUAUAUGGAAAGUAUUUUAAGGAAUAUGCUCGAUUACUCCUAAAUAUUGUGCUAAUGUUAACUAAUUAUUAAAGUUAUUUUACCAUGAAUAAAUGAGAGUUUUCCAUGAUAGAUGUACAACCGAAAUGGACAGAAAAUAUCUUCAUAAUCUAGUUUCAUCAUAAUUUUAGAUUUUUGGUUUAAAAGCUGAAGACGUUCUUGAUGCUGAAAGAAUAAUAUUUGGAGAUUUCAUGUAAGGAAGAGAUACUGAUUCAAGAUACUAUUAAUAAAUUGGCGAUUUAGAAAUGCUUAUUAAUAAGAUGGAUGCUUUUUAGGAAGAUUAUAAUUCGGACACUACAUUUGUUUUUGGAGGACCAAAAAAGCAAAUGAAAUUAAUUAUGUUUUUGGAUGCUUGUGAACAUAUUGCCAGGAUUGCUAGAAUUAUUAGACAACCUAAUGGUAAUGCUCUCAUUUUGGGAGUAGGAGGUUCAGGAAGACAAUCUUUAAGUAGGAUGGCUACUUUUUUAACUAAUUAUAAAAUUUUUUAAAUCGAAGUUAUUAAAAACUAUAGUAUGAGAAGUUGGAGAGAUGAUGUAAAAAAAGUACUCCUUUUUGCUGGAAUUGAAAACAAACCUAUUAGUUUCUUGUUCUGUGAUACCUAAAUUAUUAAAGAAUAAAUGAUGGAAGAUAUUAACAAUAUCCUUAAUUCAGGAGAUGUAACAGGUUUGUAUUAAGAAAAAGAUUUAGAAGAUAUUUAGAUUGCUUGUAAAGCUGACUGUGUUAAGAAAUAAAUGAUACCAACAAAAAUGAAUAUUCUUUAAGUUUAUUUGUAAAGAGUAAAGAAAAAUAUUCAUAUGAUAAUAGCAAUGUCUCCUUUAGGUAGUGCUUUUACUACAAGGCUUCGUAUGUUCCCAUCUCUUGUAAAUUGUUGUACUAUUGAUUGGUUUACUUAAUGGCCAGAAGAAGCACUAAUAGGUGUAGGAAAAGGUUAAUUACAAGAUUAUGAAGAAGAAUUAUAAUUAGGUUAAAAUAUAACUACAGUAGUGUAAAUGUUCAAAAUAAUACAUAAAUCUGUUGAAAAAGCAUCUGUUAAGUAUUAUGAAUAACUUCGUCGAUAUAAUUAUGUAACUCCAACAAGUUAUUUAGAACUUCUUUCCACAUUCAAGUAAGUAAUGAUGUAAAAAAAGAAAGAAGUUUAAUUAAGUAUUCAACGUUUAAAAUCAGGUUUAGAUAAACUUGAAGAAGCCAAUAAAUCAGUAGCUGAAAUGAGAAUUGUAUUAAAAGAUAUGUAGCCUGAACUUGAAAAAGCUUCUGAAGAAACCGAAAUAAUGAUGAAGAAGUUAUCUAUAGAUAAAGCAGAAGCUGAUCAAACUCAAAAAAUAGUAUCCUAAGAGGAAGCUUUAGCAACUAAGCAAGCAGCAGAGGCCACUAAACUCGCUGAAGAGGCUGAAGCUUCAGUAGCAGAUGCAAAUAGAACUCUAGAAGAAACACUUUUAGAAGUAAAAAAAUUAAAAAAAGAACAUUUGGUAGAAAUAAAGGCUUUAGGAUCUCCUCCAACAGCUGUAAAAGUAACUUUAGGAGGUGUUGUAAUAUUAAAUUUAGACACAAUAAAGGAAAAUGGUGGAAAUAUUAUAAUGACUGCACAAGAAGGGGCAAUAGGAGGUAAAAAAGAAGAAAAUUAUUUUGAAACUGCGAAACGUUAUUUAUUAAAUGAUACAUAAAAAUUGCUUGAUAUGUUGAUUGAAUAUAAAAAGGAAAGUACUACAGCAGCUACUAUAAAAAAGCUAGAAUAAAACAUCCUUAAUUAGCCCGAAUUUACUUUAGAAGCAGUUUCAAGAUGUUCUUUUGCAACGAAAUUCUUAUUUAUGUGGUGUAAAGCAAUGUAUGAUUAUUUUAAAGUGUUUACAAAUACUUAACCCUUAAGAGAAAAAUUGGCUGAAACAAGAAAAAUUGUGGAAGAAAAAACCCGUGAAUUGAAAUUUAAAAAAGAAGCGUUAGCGAAAAUCAAUGCUAAAAUACAAGAAUUGGAAGAAAUGUACUCAUAAAAAAUGCUCCAGAAAGAAGAGCUUACUAAAAAAAUAUAAGAAUGUGAAAUCAAGCUUGAAAGAGCUAAAAAACUAACAGACGGGCUAUCUGAGGAAGCAAUUCGUUGGGCGAAUGAUAUUAAAACUUUAAUUCAAAAAUAGAAUCUAGUGCCUGCACAUUCAAUUAUUUCAGCAGGGAUGGUAGCUUAUACAGGACCUUUUACAUCGACUUUCAGAAGUGAUUUAGAAUAAGAUUGGGUUAUUAAUUUAGCCUAAUUAGACCUAGAGCAUGAUUCAGAUAUUACUAUGAGAGGCUUUUUGGGGCAACCUUUGAAAAUAUAACAAUGGAAUAUUUAUGGAUUGCCUAAAGAUGAUACUUCAAUUGAAAAUGGAAUAAUUAUUGAAAAAGGAAGAAGAUGGCCACUUAUGAUAGAUCCAUAAACUCAAGCCAAUAAAUUUAUUAAAAAUAUGGGAAGAGAUCAUUAAGAAGGAAUUGAAAUCGUUAAAGCAAACGAUUCGAAUUUAAUGAAAGUUAUGGAAUUGGCUGUUUAGUUUGGAAGAUGGGUCCUUAUUGAAAAUCUAGGAAAAGAAUUAGACCCAUCAUUAGAACCUAUUCUUUAAUAAUAAAUAGUUAAAUCAGGCUCUGGCUAUUAAAUAGUUAUUGGAGAUAAGCCCUUAGCUUAUUCUGACAAAUUUAAAUUGUUUUUGACUACAACAAUGCCAAAUCCCCAUUAUCCUCCUGAAACAUUCGUAAAAGUAAGUAUUAUUAAUUUUGCUAUUACACCUAACGGGUUAGAAGAAUAGAUGCUUGCCUAUAUAGUAGCAUUAGAAAACCCCGCAUUAUAAUAAAAAAAAACUGAAAUCGUGAAGAAGAACGCUGAAGAUUAAAAAGCUUUAGUUAAAAUAGAAGAUCAAAUAUUAGAAAGUCUUUCCGGAACAGGAGAAAUUGCGGAAAUUCUGAUGGAUGAAACAUUAGUAAAUUAACUUCAAACAAGUAAAAAAUUCGCUGCAGAAAUUAAUCAGAGAGUAAAAGAUUCGAAAAUAACAGAAGCUUAAAUAGAUGAAGCGAGAGAAAGUUAUCGUCCUGUAGCCUUCCGUGCAUCGAUUUUAUUCUUUUGUAUUGUCGAUUUGGCUACUAUAGAUCCAAUGUAUUAAUAUUCUUUACAAUGGUUCACUAAUUUGUUUGUUAUGGGAGUAGAUAAAGCACCAGAAUCAAACGAAUUGGAAAUUCGUUUAGACAAUUUAAAUUAAUAUUUCACUUAUUCUUUAUAUGAAAAUAUAUGUAGGUCACUUUUUGAAAGACAUAAGUUGAUUUUCUCCUUUAUGCUUACUGUAAAAAUUCUAGAAGGAAAAUAAGAAAUGGAUGAAGUUGAAUGGAGAUAUUUUCUUGCAGGUCCUUAAGGAGAAGUAGAUAUUCCCAAAAACCCAACGAACUGGAUUCCAGAAACUUCAUGGCCUGAUAUUUAUACGUAAUUCUAUGGAAUGAAUCGUUUGGAAGCUUUCAAAGGUAUAGAUUAACAUCUAAUGUAGAAUACUGAAUAAUGGAAAUAAAUAUUCGAUUCAAAUGAAGCAUAAAAAGAACCCUUACCUGAAGAAUGGAAUGAUAAACUUGACAUUUUCUAAAAACUUAUUGUCCUUAAGUCUAUUCGUCCAGAUAAAGUAGUCCCUGCUAUUUAAAAUUGGAUUGCUGAAAAAUUAGGAAAAGAAUUUAUUUUUGUGCCUACUUUUGAACUAUCAAAAUGUUAUAAAGAUUCAACUGUUAUUAGCCCUCUUAUUUUUGUACUUUCUUAAGGAUCAGAUCCUAUUGCUGAUUUCUUGAAAUUUGCUGAAGAAAUGGAAAUGACUAAACGUUAUGAUUCUAUUUCUUUAGGAUAAGGUUAGGGGCCCAAAGCUGAAAAACUAAUUAAAGAAUGCUCAUAAAAAGGAACAUGGUGUCUGUUGUAAAAUUGUCAUUUAGCUAUAUCAUGGAUGUCUGAAUUAGAAAAAAUAGUUGAAAGUUUAAAUGAAAAUAUUCAUCAAGACUUUAGGUUAUGGUUAACAUCAAUGCCAAGUUAAAAUUUCCCCAUUUCAGUAUUACAAAAUGGAAUAAAAAUGACAAUGGAACCUCCAUAAGGAUUAAGAGCAAAUUUAUUAAGAACCUACAAAAACAUGACAGAUUAAGAAUUAAACGAAUGUCAAAGACCUGAUAUAUUUAAGAAAUUAUUAUUCGGUUUUUGCUUAUUCCACGCUAUUAUAUAAGAUCGUAGAAAAUUCGGUGCAAUAGGUUGGAAUAUUCCUUAUGAAUUUACAAACGAAGAUUUAACAGUAUGUAAAAAAUAAUUAAAAAUGCUAAUAGAUGAAUAUCCUAAAGUUCCUUAUAAAGUAAUAAACUUUUUGGGUGCAGAAAUUAAUUAUGGUGGUAGAGUUACAGACGAUAAAGAUGUUAGGCUAAUCAAAAGCAUUUUGCAACUAUAUAUAACUAAUUAAGCAUUAGCCGAUGGAUACAAAUAUUCUGAAUCCGGUAAAUACUAUUCGAUUUCAGCUGGUAAGUUAGAUGAUUAUAUUCAAUAUAUUGAAUCUCUUCCUUUGAAUCCAGCUCCAGAAGCAUUUGGAUUACAUGAUAAUGCUGAAAUAACUAAUUCACAAAACGAAACGAUUAAUUUAUUAUCCACAAUCCUUUCUUGCUAACCACGCUCAUCAGGUGGUACAGGCAAAUCUAGAGAAGAAUAAAUAGAAGAAAUUGCAAACAACAUCUAAAAUAAAACUCCACCAUUGUUUGAUUUAGAUAAUGUUUCAACUAAAUAUCCUACAAUGUAUGAAGAAUCUAUGAACACAUAAAUUUAAAAAAGGAUUAAAAGGAUUAGUUGUCCUUUCAGAAGAGCUCGAAAAAUAACAAAUUCUUUAUAUGAUAAUUAAGUGCCUAAAUAAUGGGCUGAUAAAGGUUUUCUUUCACUAAAACCGCUUUCUUCUUGGACUGUAGAUUUAAAUGAUAGAAUAAAUUUCCUUUAAAAUUGGAUUGAUAACGGAACUCCUAAAGUUUUUUGGAUUUCUGGAUUUUUCUUCCCUUAAGCAUUUAUUACAGGUACUAUGCAAAACUAUGCAAGAAAAAAAGUUAUUGCUAUAGAUUAAUUACUUAUUGAUUUCUAAUAUCUUGAUACUAUUACUUAGGAGGAUAUUAGUGAAAAACCUGAAGAUGGAUGUUAUAUUUAUGGAAUAUAUUUAGAAGGGGCUGCCUGGAAUUAUAAAAAACAUAUCAUAGAUUAACCUUAACCAAAAGAACUAUUUUCAGAUUUGCCUUUAACAUGGGUUCUCCCUGUUCUUGAAAAAGAAUAAACUAAAAAUAUUUUCUAUAAUUGUCCAAUGUAUAAAUGUGUAUCUAGAUCCGGUACAUUAAGCACUACUGGACAUUCAACUAACUUUGUUAUGUUCCUUGAACUACCUUCUAAAGAAAAAGAAGAUGUCUGGAUUAGAGCUGGUGUUGCAGCUUUCUUAGCUUUGAGAUAUUGA